CUGGCGCUCCAGGCUGGUAACCGAGUGAUGUUGGGACUUAUGGGUCGAAGUGUACCACCCGAGCAGGUGAUCUGGUGGCGCACUCUUCGGCCGGGCUCGGGCCGUCUUGCCGUCUCGCUCACCGCCGACGGACCCACCCGACUUAUACAGAUAACGGAUACUGUAACUGCUGAUACGGGUACUAAAAGAUCGAUAGAAGAGGACACAGAGGGUGCGGGCGCCGAGUGGAGCCUGUGCGUGAGCGUGGGCGGGGUGGGCGUGUCGCUCAUGUCGCGCGCGGAGCUGGUGUACGCGCUGUGUGCGGGCGUGCGGGCCGAGCUGGCGCGGGACGCGGCCGCCGCGCGACUCACGCUGUCCGUGCACGACAUGCAGUGGGACAACCAGCUCCUGGGCACGCCGAGCCCGGUGCUGCUGUACUGCCUGCCCUCGCACGAGCCGGGCGCAGGCCUGCCGGCGCUGCACGUGUCGCUCGAGAUGCAGCGUGCGCCGCCCUCGCGGUACAACGCCCUCUACUUCAACCACCUGCUCAUCGCGCUGCGCCCCAUCGCUGUUCGCCUCGAGGAGAGGCUGAUCCUGAUGAUGUGGCGCUGGUUCGAGAGUGAUGCCGGCGCCGACGAGGAGCAGCCCGACGAGGCGGAGUACGAGACCCGGCGCGUGCUACUCGAGCUGACCGCGCUACAUGCUCCCAGAUACUACUUUGCGCUGAUCAAGCUGCUCCCCUCACAGAUUCGACUGUCGAUGUUUACGUCCAACAAGUUAGACAGCGAGUCGAGCGCGCUCAAGCGGCGGCUCGGGCUCACACUGAUCCGCUUCGAGGACGCCGCCGUAGAGCUGGAGCCGUUCGUGCGCACGCACUCCUUCGACACCGCGCCCGCGCUGGCCCGGCGGGUGCUCAGACAUUUUAUGGAUGAACUCAAGUGGCAGGCGGCAAAGAUACUCGGCUCUGUGGACUUUUUGGGCAACCCGCUGGGAUUCGUCGCGGACGUGUCCGAGGGCGUGUCGGGACUCAUUCUGGAGGGGAACGUGGCGGCGCUGCUGCAGAACCUCACGCACGGCAUCUCGAACUCUGCCGCUAAGGUCACAGAGACGCUGGGCGAUGGUCUGGAGCGGGUGGUGUGUGACGAGGCCCACGAGGAGACGCGGCGCCGGAUCCGCUCGGGGGCGGCGGCCGGCAACGCGCGCAUCUCAGCCGGCCUGCGCGGCCUGGGGCUCGGCAUUUUAGGUGGUAUGACGUCAUUGGUGAAGCACAGCUACGAGGGCGCCACGUCAGAGGGACUGGCGGGAUUUAUCGCGGGCGUGGGCAAAGGGCUGGUAGGCACCGUCACCAAGCCCGUCAUUGGCGUGCUGGACCUGGCGGCGGAGACCGCUGCCGCUGUGCGUGAUUCUAGCCGCCGCGGCCUGCGUGGGGGCAGGGGUGCGGGUGGGGAGCGAGUGCGCGCGCCCCGUGCUGCGCCCGCUGCACUCGUGGCCCGCUACAGCGCCGACGCGGCGAGCGCGGCCGCCGUGCUGCACACACUCAACGGACAUGACUACGGCGAGCACGUGGUGGCGGCCCGCACCGUGCGUGACACGCCGCACGACAUCCGCGCGCUGCUCAGCGACACGCACCUGCGCAUCUACACGCGCAAGAACGACCGCCCGCAGGUCGUCAUGGAGACUCAUCUCAGCAACCUGGUGUCGUGCAGCGCGGUGAGCGCGGAGGGCGGCCACUUCGUGGAGCUGGGCGUGCGAGGCGGCGCGGGCGAGGGCGUGCGGCGGCCGCGCGUGCAGUGCGACUCGCGCGAGCUGGCCGCCUGGCUCGCACGACACGCGGCGCACGCGCGCCAGCUGCAUCACGACCGCACGCACACGCUGCUGCCGCCCGAGCGGGACGCCGACGGCUAGCGGGCGCCGCACAGAUAGAACACAUAUAGUUGGCUUACCAGUGGGAGACUCCUUUGCACCGGAUGCCGUGAAGCAGUAGUCCACAGUGCGGUUUUCAAGGAGCUUUCUCCCUCGUACUACAAAGCUGUGGAAUGAGCUUCCUUGUGCGGUGUUUCCGGGACGAUACGACAUGGGUACCCAUCAAAAAAGCGCGUACACCUUCCUUAAAGACCGGCAACACUCUUGUGAUUCCUCUGGUGUUGCAAGAGAAUAUGGGCGGCGGUUAUCACUUAAUACCAGGCGACCCGUACGCUCGUUUGUCCUCCUAUUCCAUAAAAAAAAAGUAGUGUAGCCGUAGUGUGAGCAUUACUGUGUUUCGGACUGAAAAGCGCCGUAGCUAAUGAAAUUACUAGGCAAAUGAGACUUAACAUCUUGUCUCAAGGUGACGAGCGCAAGUGUAGUGCUACUCAGAAUUUAUAGGUUUUUCAAUAAUCCUGAGCGGCACUGUAUUGUAAUGGGCAGAGCGUAUCAAUUACCAUCAGCUGAACCUCCUGCUCGUCUCGUCCUUUAAUUCCGUAAAAAAAAAAUAUAGGAUAUGUGUGCAAGCUUCCUUCAAUGUUUGAGUGUUAUCGGUACACAUGCACACUACAAUGAAUAGACUAGUCAGGAGAGUGUCAUGGUCAAAGUGAAAGAUGCUCUACUUCAAUUUUAUAUUUUACUACAAGAAAAGGGUUAUUUUUUUGUGUGGAUAUUUUAUGUGAUUAUUAGUUAAUAUACAAUAAUAUUACCAUUUUUAUAAUGGGGGUAAAUAUAGACACAAAUGAAAUACGUAAAAAAGUUGCAAUUUUCAAACUUAAAUUACUUUCCUUUGUUCAUUUCACGUGUUUUAGUAACUAUAAACUUCUAAACAAUAAUGUACAUACCUGACUGAUAUUUAAAAAAAUAUAUAAAGUAGAGCAACUUUCGUGACGACUCUGGACUUAACCAAAAAUUGGUGGGGUGCGUCUUCGUGAAUUGCACUAUCUAUACCAAACAAUGAAUUGUAGAAGCGAAACGCGGACUGUGUGGACGAGUAUACACGACUCUAGCACACCGGCGAUCCGUCAUGCCAAUCAUUAUAGUUGGUAGAAUUCACUAAAUAUAAUCAUCACAAUGAAAGCACACAUUAUUAUAUUUUAUUGUAAGAAUCACGUGGAGUUUAUUUAUACAUAGUAAGCACGUUAUAAAUAAAUAAAUUAUUUAAUAUAUUCUGUUAUCAUGAGGGUCUACUGUUACAGUCAUCUUUGUAAUAUUUUUUUUUAUCCUUGUAAAAUAAUUUAUUUAUUUUACUAUUAUGUUUUUAAGUUGCGAUGAACAUGGUAAUAAAUGUCAUAGUACUAAUUAUACAUGUUCAUUAUUCGUGAACAUUUUUUGCAGUAAUCUUUCAAAUUAAAUGUUCAUUUACUACGGCUUAAUGUCAUUGAAUGAAUUUAAUUUUUGAAUUUGUCAUAUUACAGUUUUCGAACCAAGAAGCAAUUCAAAGAAGCAAUAAUUUAAAUGUUAAAUUAUUAAAACCAAAUGGUCCAAAACUAGUCGGUACCCGCACCGAUAAACCAUGAGUAAAGCCGUGUUAAUAAAAUAACAUAAUAUCACCGUGUUUUCACUCAUAAAUGAAAAUUUUGUUUGUUUAUUUGUCCUUCACUUUCUGAAUUUCGAGGUUAUAAGCGUUUUAAUUUGAAUACAAUCCACAUCAUGUACAGUGUAGUGUUACCAGUUACCGUACACCUAGUUUGGAAGAUUUUUGGCGUGAAGACUACUACUACUACUGCGGGGAAGGAGUAAUAAGUUGGUGUUGAAACCUCCUUCAUAUAAUAUGUCUAAGACCACAGGCUAUCUAACCAAUAGAGAUUCGUUGCGUCUUCAAAGAUUAUAUUAGGUUAAAUGUUGUCUAUUAGUCAACGCGAGGCUGUGUUCAUUUAAAACUUUCCGUUUCUCAAAUAUUUAACUUAAACUUAAUGUAAAAAUGUGACUUAAGAAGCGUGACAUUAAAAUAUUAGAUAUUUGUAUUUAGAAGUGUCAAAAAUAUCUUUCAUUUGAAGUUGAAAAUUUCCCACCCGCUAAAAUUGGACACCCGUUAUAGAAAAUAGUUUGUUUUGAAGACUUGUGUUUUUGUUUGUGAAUAUGUUAUGGUUUUAAAGUGAGUGAAAUUGGAGUAAAGUAAUUAAAAUAUAGGAGGUUGUUUAAGGCGCACAGAGUUACUAGUAUUUAUUAUGGAUUAUAGUUUAAUUUCAACAAUAGGUAAUUUAUAAGUAAUUUUUUGGUUGUGUGAGUUGGGAUUCAAUUACUUUGUUUUUGAAUCAAUUAUUUAUUAUCUAAUUUAUUGAUAUCUAGCUGUUUUAGUAGAAGCAAUUAUUUAAUUAGGUGUACGGUAUAUUAAUGUUUCAAAAUCUCGUGGUUCACUAUGCACAAUAAUCGGUAUUUUAAUGAAGGCGUCGGUGCGGCCUCAGUGGCCUCGCCUUCUACUAUAUUACUUCUAUCUUUUGUAAAAUAUCUGACUUUCCGUAACAUUCCCACGGGAAGAGAGCGAUACAGAUGAAGAUUGCGAGAUUUGUUUUAGUUUGAGGUAGAAAUGGAAUGCGCAAGAUGAAAAUGUAUAUUUAAUACAUCAAACGUAACCACAAAUAUACCAUAACGUAACACGUAAUAUUAUUGCUCUCCUCUUCCAUAAAAAAUAUUGUAAUACUAUCUCGGUUUGAAGGGUGUAAGGCAUAUGUGUCAUUCAAACUUAUAGCCUCAGGCUAAUAGAGUUAGGAUCGAAAUAAGGUGGUACACCUCUUCACCAGGUAGACCAUCUAUUGGGUCCGUCACUCACUGCCACAAAAACAGGUAGAAUGAUGAUGGUAUUGCCGAAACAAAUAAGUUUUUUCCCAUCUCGAUGAAAAUCUGACUUUGACCAGGGACUACCAGAGACGAGGGACAAAAGUGGCCGAUUCUCUCCUGGCAAGACGAUUUUUGUCCCUCGUACCAGGGACUAAAAGCGAGCUUUUCAUCCAGGUGGGAAAAAAAUCGUAUACGCAUCACGUCAGAUAAGUAGGACAUUGCCACCCCUCUCCUUCGGUCUUGUGUCAAUAUUCCGCGGGUGAGAAUGACCUACUUUUCUCCCUAGGUGCGUAAUAUACUAUUACGUAUCGCUUAAGACUUUUAUGUAAGCGUCAAACAAGCACUCAGUUGUCAACACACAAUAUUAUAUUUUAUUAAUCGUUUUUCUUUGCCUGUCGGAACCAUCCAAUUGGUUUGAAACAUGUCAUUGUCGUCUGUUUAAUUAUUGUAGUACUAGGUUAUAAAAUGUAAAUAUGUUUUUGUCGAAUGAUCAACAUUUAAUUGUAAAGUUGACUGAUUAGUUACUUCAGAGCAAUAUAGUUGUGUGGUGGUUGAUAAUGAAUAUAUUGUUUUUAUAACAA